AUGGAAAUAUGCCAAUGCCAUGGAAUAUUCUGUGCUCUUGUAUUGCAGUCGGUCGAUAAUCAAUUCGAUUUCUUUCAAUUUUUUUCGCAGUCGAUUUAUUCGCAGUCGACUAUUUCGCAGUCGAUUUCAUUUCGCAGCCCAUUUUUGAUUUCAAUUGGCGAUUUAUUCAUUCGCAGUCGAUCAGUUCACCCUAUGGAAUACGCAGAAAGUACACUCCCCAACUUCGACCCAGCUUUCCUGAGCGCUGUCCCGGGCUCCAGUGAUGUUCAGGACUCGGAAAAAGCAUUUUUUUCAGACGGAACCGAAGUGGAUGAGCUCACUCAGCUCAACGAUUUGGCCAUUCUUCGAGGCCAAAUGUCGACCGAUGAUGUGGUUAACGAUGAAGAUAUCGUGCACACAGAGAUGCUUAUAGACUCUGAUCGCGCUGCUCUGGACUCGUAUACUAAUGGGGGAUUUUGGACGAUUUUUCGCCGUGCUUCGAUCAAUAUAAUUUUGCCCUUCAUCAACGGUAUGAUGUUGGGUUUUGGUGAGAUUUUGGCCCACGAAAUUGGGUUCCGGUACAACUGGCUCGGAGCCCGGGUCCAGCCUGCCCGGCGGAUGAGACAAAAGGAGGAGUCGAGGUACUUGUGA